ACGUGGCCGCUCGGUUUACCGGAAGUAAGCAAACUCAGCCUCUGUCAAGAUGUCUGCGCCCGAUGAGGACACGUUUGCCGACGAGGGAGCCGAGAUGGAGGAGAUGGACGAAGCUGGCACCGACGACGACGACGAAGGAGUGGAGAUGGAGGAGGAAGGAGCGGACGCAGUGGAGGAGAGAAAGGUGUACGUACCCGGGAUGGAGCCGCUUCAGCCAGGAGAGGAGCUGGAGAUGGACCGCUCCGCGUACCGCAUGUACCACGAGUGUCAGACAGGUGCUCCGUGUUUGAGCUUCGACAUCCUGAGAGAUGGAGACGGAGAAGGCAGGGAGCAGUUUCCUCUGUCCAUGCUGCUCUGUGCGGGCACUCAGGCGGACACAGCUCUGGGCAACAGACUUCUCGUCAUGCGCAUGCAUAACCUUCAUGGAACAGAGAAAGAAAAGGAGGGAGAAGAAAGCAGCGAUGAAGAAAGUGAUGACGAGGAGGAGGAUGAAGAUAAGAAGCCGCAGAUGGAACUGGCCAUGGUGCCUCACUAUGGAGGGAUUAACAGAGUCAGAGUGUCUCGACGUGGAGAGCAGUCAUUGGCUGCUGUGUGGUCAGAGAAGGGACAGGUAGAAAUAUUUGACCUCCAACCCCAGCUGGAAGCCGUCCACAGUUCUGCUGCUAUGGCCAAUUUCAUCAAUAAGCAGAAGGAAGCCACGGCUCUCUUCAGUUUCUCAGGACACAUGACUGAAGGCUUUGCCAUUGACUGGUCACCCACAGUACCCGGUCGUCUUGUCAGCGGAGACUGCAAAAAGAACAUCCAUGUGUGGGAGCCACGAGAGGGAGGGUCUUCAUGGCAGAUUGAUCAACGACCUUUCAGCUCCCACAGCAAAUCUGUGGAGGACCUGCAGUGGUCACCCACUGAAGCCACAGUUUUUGCAUCAUGUUCGGUGGAUCAGUCGAUUCGUAUAUGGGAUAUCCGAGCCCCUCCCAAUUCGAUGCUUUCAGCCAAUGAAGCUCACUCAUCAGACGUCAAUGUGAUCAGCUGGAACAGGAGCGAACCUUUCAUCCUGUCAGGAGGGGACGACGGACUUCUGAAAGUGUGGGACUUGCGACAGUUUAAGACUGGGCGACCCGUGGCGAACUUCAAGCAGCACAGCGCUCCCAUCACGUCCGUGGAGUGGAGCCCCACGGACACGAGUGUGUUCGCCGCCUCCGGGGCAGACGAUGUCGUCAGCCAGUGGGAUCUGUCCGUGGAGUCGUGUGAUGUGGGUGCCAGGGUGGAGGGGCUGAAGGACUUGCCCCCCCAACUCCUGUUCCUGCACCAGGGUCAGUCAGAAGUCAAGGAGAUCCACUGGCAUCCACAGAUACCUGGUGUGAUGAUCUCCACAGCUCUGUCAGGAUUCAACGUGUUCAGGACAAUAUCUGUGUAGAGUGUGUUUGUGUGUGUGUGUGUGUGUGUGUGUGAGAGAGAGUGAGUGAUUUUUGCAUUUUGAUGAGUAGAGCACAUUUAAUAACCCACAAACCGCAAUAUGUUUAAUAAUGUACAUAUCUCAGCUGUGUAGGUAACAGUUUUUCUUUGAGACAUCUCUUGGCUAACAUAAGCGCCAUGUGGUCUCACAAUCUUUACUAUUGAACUUUCAGUCUGUAUGUUUUACAGCUCUGAACUAUUUUAGGCAUUCCUUGUUGCAUGCUUAAAAUAAAACAUUUAAAACCGUG